AUGGAGAUGUAUCCGCGGGAUAUACCAAUGGCCACACAUUUGUCAAAAGUAAAUUCUCGAAGUAUAUUUGAAAUCAGCAGCUCAUUUAUUUCCGAAUGGCACUUUCAAGAUUUAAUUUUGACCACUUCCAAGAAUUCCGACGGUUUGCGACGGAUUCUGGGACACAAGUUAGUAGCGGUGUUGUAUCUAGUUGUGAAAAGUUUUGAUCGUUUAGAUUCUGAAUUGAAUCGCCGAUUUCUGGCUCUGAAGAAGAUGAUCUGCUGA